GAGACCCGCCCUCGCCGGCAUGGCGGUACCCGUUCGGAGCGAGUUCGUUUACUCUGUGAUGUGGCCAGGGCGGGGGUCUGGGCUAUAGGCAGAUAGCGCUUGGUUCCACAAUGUUUGGGAACCUGUUUGAAGAGGAUUAUUCCAGUGUGUCCAGUAGUCAGUAUGGAAAAGGGAAGAAAUUAAAGACUAAAGGUUUGGAGGCACCUGCCCCUAGAGAAUCCACCAAUUUAAGUGGAAUCAGAAAUCAGGGUGGAACCUGUUACCUCAAUUCCCUUCUUCAGACUCUUCACUUCACACCUGAAUUCAGAGAAGCUUUAUUUUCUCUUGGUCCUGAAGAGCUUGGUUCUUUAGAGGAUAAGGAUAAGCCUGAUGCAAAGGUCCGGAUCAUACCUUUGCAGCUGCAGCGCUUGUUUGCUCAGCUUCUGCUCCUGGACCAGGAGGCUGCAUCAACCACAGACCUCACUGACAGCUUUGGGUGGAGCAGUGAUGAGGAAAUGAGACAGCAUGAUGUGCAGGAACUGAACCGAAUUCUCUUCAGUGCUUUGGAAACAUCCUUAGUCGGGACCUCUGGCCAUGACCUCAUUAAUCGUCUAUACCAUGGCACCAUUGUGAACCAGAUUGUUUGCAGAGAGUGUAAGAAUAUCAGUGAGAAGCAGGAAGACUUCUUGGAUCUGACAGUAGCAGUCAAAAACGUAUCUGGCUUAGAAGAUGCACUCUGGAACAUGUAUGUAGAAGAGGAAGUUUUCGACUGUGACAACCUGUACCACUGUGGAACUUGUGACCGACUGGUUAAAGCAGCAAAGUCUGCCAAAUUACGUAAGCUGCCUCCCUUUCUUACUAUUUCAUUACUAAGAUUUAAUUUCGAUUUUGUGAAAUGUGAACGCUACAAGGAAACUAGCUGUUAUACGUUCCCCCUCCGGAUCAAUCUCAAGCCUUUUUGUGAACAGAGUGAACUGGAUGACACGGAAUAUAUGUAUGACCUCUUCUCCGUCAUUAUCCACAAAGGUGGCUGCUAUGGAGGUCAUUACCAUGUGUACAUUAAAGAUGUCGAUCAUCUAGGGAACUGGCAAUGUCAAGAAGAGAUAAGUGAUUCAGAUGUGAACUUUGAAGCUCUUCAGAAUGAAGACGAGACUGAUGACCCAUUGAUGAUUCUAAAAACAAUCUUAUUGCAGGAGGAGACCAAUCAAAUUCCUGUUGAUCAGCUGGGCCAGAAACUCUUGAAAAAGACAGGAAUAUCUUGGAACAAGAAGUACAGAAAACAGUAUGGAGCACUAAGAAAGUUCUUACAGCUCCAUCCUCAGAUGUUUCUGCUCAGCACAGAUGAAAGUACAGUCAGUCUCCUGAGGAACCAUUUUACCCAGGCCCCAUCUGAUCUCCAAAAGAGCCAUGAGCAGAUUCCACAAACACUUGCUUCAAAACCUCCAGGGUUAAGCGAUAACACCAGCUGCCCCCAUUGGUUUGAUAUCAAUGAUUCCAAAGUCCAGCCAAUCAGAGAGAAAGCUAUCACACAGCAGUUCCAGGGUAAAGAAAGUGCCUACAUGCUGUUUUAUCGGAAAUCCAAGCUGCAGAGGCCCUCUGAAGCUCGAGCCAAUCCAAGAUACAGGGUUCCGUGUCAUUUGCUGAAGGAAAUGGAUGCAGCCAACAUUCAACUGCAAAUGAGAAGGGCAGAAUGUGACUCUGCAAACAAUAAUUUUGAAUUGCAUCUCCAUCUGGGUCCUCACUACCGUUUCUUCAAUGGGGCUCUUCAUCCUGCAAUCUCUCAGACAGAAAGUGUGUGGGAUUUAACCUUUGAUAAAAGAAAAACUUUAGGAGAUCUCCGUCAGUCAAUAUUUCAGCUAUUGGAAUUUUGGGAAGGAGACAUGGUUCUUAGUGUUGCGAAGCGUGUGCCAGCCGGACUUCACGUGUACCAUACCCUUGAUGGAGAUGAACUGACACUGGGUGAAGCUGAAAUUGCUGAUGGGGAAGAUAUCUUUGUAUGGAAUGGAGUAGAGGUUGAUGGAGUCCAGAUUCAGACCGGUUCCGAUUGUGAGCCUCUGCUGCUACACAUUCUUCAUCUAGAAAUGAGUGGUGAAGGCUCAAAGUGUGAGCGAUUGGUGGAGUCGCCACAUGUCUUUCCAGCUAAUGCAGAAGUGGGCAGUGUGUUCACAGCCUUGGCCGUCCCAGUAGGCGUCAUCCUCACAAACAGUGUGGAAUCUGCAGAUGGGGAGUGCUGGACUACUAUUCCCAAGGAAGACAUGAAGAAGACAUUUAGAGAACAGGGUCUCAGAAAUGGAAGCUUAAUUUUGGUUCAGGAUUCAGACACUGAUGAUAACAGUUUGUUGCCCAGAGAAGGGAGAUGGACCUCCAGUGUGGAUGAGCUCAACUGGCUCCAAGUGAAAAAUUUCUGCCAGUUAGAAUCUGAAGAGGAGCAGGUUCAGAUAGCCGUGACCACACACACAGUGGUGUUUGAUAUUCGAAUUAAGGCCAUUAAGGAAUUAAAAUUAAUGAAGGAACUAGCUGAGAACAGCUGUUUGAGGCCCAUUGAUAGAAACGGGAAGCUUCUUUGUCCAGUACCAGAUGCUUGUACUUUGGAGGAAGCAGAGGUGAAAAUGGGGAGUUCCUUGGGACUGUGUCUGGGAAAAGCACCAACUUCCUCUCAGCUGUUCCUGUUUUUUGCUCUGGGGACUGACGUUCAUCCCGGGGCAGAGAUGGAAGUCAUAGUAGAAGAAACGCUCUCAGUGAAAGAUUGUUUAAAGAUAAUGCUGGAGAAGUCAGGUCAGCAAGGAGAGAUGUGGCACUUGCGGAAAAUGGAUUGGUGCUAUGAAGCUGGGGAGCCUUUAUGUGAAGAGGAUGCAACACUGAAGGAGCUCAUGAUAUGUUCUGGGGAUACUUUACUUCUAACUGAAGGAAAACUUCCUCCUCUGGGUUUCUUGAAGGUACCCAUCUGGUGGUACCAGCCUGCAAGGCUGUCAGGACACUGCGAGAGUUGGGACCACUCCAAUUGUGCCUCUUCUCAAGAGAGCAGCUGGGGAGCUGCUCCCACCCAAGGUGCUCCUGUCCCCGAGCCUGCAGACGUUUCCCUCCUCUACUUGGGUGAUGUGAAGAUCUCAGAAGAGGCCACAUUGGUGGAACUGAAGUCAAAGGCCAUGGCCUUGCCCUCUGUCUCAAAGCUUGCAGUCCAGUCCACAGCCCUGCUUAGGGUCUGGACAGUGGAGAACAAGCGCCCCAGCAGGCUCUUGCGCACUGGCUGGCGGCAGCUCAAGGAGUACAGACUGGGCCGGAGAGCAGAACUCUGCUUAGAGCUUCUUCAAAAAGAGGAAGACUUGGGCCCUCGGGAUGUGCUGCUGAGGACACAGCUACACAUUCCCGGUGAGAGGGCCUACACCCUGCCAAUGGACCUGGUAUGGGACACCACCCGAGGAUGGACUGCUGGCUCCUUGAGGCAGAGAGUGGCUGAUUUCUAUUCUCUUCCUGUGGAGAAGAUUGAAAUUGCCAAAUAUUUUCCUGAAAAGUUUGAAUGGCUUCCAAUAUCUAGCUGGAAUCAGCAAGUUGCCAAAAGGAAAAAGAAGAAAAACCAAGAUACUUUGCAAGGGGGACCAUAUUACUUGAAAGAUGGAGACACUAUUGGCAUUAAGAAUCUCCUGUUUGAUGAUGAUGAUGACUUCAGCACAAUCAGAGAUGACAUUGGAAAGGAAAACCAGAAGCAGCUGGCUUUGGGGAAAAAGAAAAGCCGAGAAGUACUACGUGCACAGAGCAGUGAUGUGUUCUCCAGUGCAGGGAUGGUCACUCGGCCCCGGGGACCAGAAGCUUCUCUGUCCAUCCAUGUUGCGAGCUUCAGAUAGCCCCUGCAGCCGUAUGUACUGUACUCCAGAUAGAACCACUCUAUCAAUUCCAUGACUGCUGCCUUGUGGGUUUAUGGUGGACAAGCUGGUUGACUCCAUAGCCAAUGAUAUCAAGUCUUCAGCUUUGCGACAAAGGGAUGACAUUUCUCAGACCAAGCAAGAGUACCUGAUCACCAUUUCUGCGACACAGCAGCUGCAGAGCUGGCCCAGACCCAGACACUGUGCCAGUCAGUAUGGCAUCCUAAACCUGGCCCCAGUAGCCUCUUUACAAAAAAUGUACUCCUGGACAAUGGCAAGUUGCUCAAAGAGGACAAAUCUGAUAGGUAAGAUACAUGGUCAGUUACUUACACUGUUGAGGUGACCAGUAAGUCAUCUAAAGCUGAAGCUGCAAAGAAAGGGUAUGUGUGUCCUGAAUUCAUUCAUUCUUGGUUCCAGCCUUCAUCAUAGCAUGUGCCUCUUCUUGGGCCAAGUUCAAAGUAGGACUCUAAGACAGCUGUGCAGGAAGAGCCAAGUACGGCACUCAUGGCUCAGGCUGACAUUCCCUUGGUGUGAUGUUUACCACCUAUAGCCUGGCAAGAGGCAGGGCAUUGCAGAAGCCUAGCACAACAAAUCCAGGUUCCCAGUUGUCCUGAGCAAGCUGAAGCCUUUUCCUUCUCAGUCAGUACAGGUAAAUAGUUCAUCUAAGAGAUCUGGUAUUCAUGUACUGAAACUAAUACACUAUCAAAACAGCAUCUUUACUGAACUGGCAGGUUUGGGACCCUUGGCUGACUUAGUCUACGACAGCACUCGUAAGAGGAGUUGUCAGGGUCUCAGCUUCUUAUCAGCUCUUACAUGUCUUCAUGUAAGAGAACUAAGGUAGGAAGAGACAGGGUUUAAAAAGUAACUCUGGCCUGGACUUCAGCUGUCCCUUGCUGGCUAGUUUUUCACAUUCUGGUAUAGCCAUGUUGGCUUCUCUAUGGUGCUGACACUCAGCAGGUAACCUGUUCUUCCUUCAUCUUCCCGACACCGUUUGCCAGAGUCAGUGUCAUUUUAGGUGACCAUUUCUGUUGAAGCACUUGUAUCAAAGAUGUUGGACUUGGACUAGUGACCAUGACUUUGUGGCUACACACCAAGGGGUUCCAGGAGACCAAACAGUAAACAUUACUUGACUAUACCUGAGCCCUCUGGGUAAUGGCUACUGUUUCUUGUACUGUAACUGACAUAGCUCCUUAGUUUGUCCUUUCAACCCAGCUUCUGGCACAGUACUGAUGUACAAGCUGAGACACUUUGCUUAUGUCUUGAGCCAGAGGCUCCCUGACUCUAAGUACCUGGAGAAGCCAGAAAACAUGUCUCAAGUGCUGGCUGCAGCCCAAGCCUGUUGACGGGCCUUUCUAUUUGGCUGGUUUUUGUUUGUUUUCUUUUUAGUUGGGAGAUAGAAUAGGCUAAACGGGGGGUGGGGGGACACCAUUAAGACUUUAUUAAAGAAAAAU